UAAAAUUCUAUCAAGACGGUACCUACAUUCAUCAUCUUGAACCUUUUAAUCUGUCCUUUUCGUGGUCCAUUGCUGGAGAUGGAUCUAUACGUUUGAACCAGAAACCUUUUAGAUUGUAUAGGUGUCCUAAUUGGAAUUUAAUAAUCUCAAAUGACUACUUAGUUUUUAAAUCAUCCGGCGCUGAAAGUUUUAAAAGAAAAUUAAGAAAAUUUAAAUUGAUUGAUUCCGAUAAUGAUAACUGA